AUGUUGAGAAUAACCAGAUUAUCAACUAAACAUCAUCUUGUAUUUUUACGUUUCAAUUCAUCAUUAACAGGAGUAGCAAGACCAGAUGCUGGUCAAUUAAAUAAGAAAGAUUUACAAACUAAUAGUUUUGCUAAUCAAUCACCUAAUAGAAAUAUCACUUGGUCACCAUCUCAAGAAGAAAGAAUAGAAAUCAUUAAUAAAUAUCCUUAUAGAUUUGUUCAAAAAGAUUUACAAGAACAACCAAGACCUUAUGCUGCAAUAGAUUUAAUUGCUCAAGAACCAAUAAAAUAUUUAAAUCAUGAACAAGGAAAUAUUGCUGUUUGUGAUGGUAAUAGAGGUAGUACUUUACAAGGACAUCCUAAAGUUUUCAUUAAUUUGGAUCAACCAAAACCUGCUACUUGUGGAUAUUGUGGUUUAAGAUAUGCCAAAGAAGAAUUUAAAGAAAUAAUUGAAGCUAAUGAAGCUUAA